GCAGGGUGUUGGCGCCACCAUUUAGCACCAAAGCCAGAUUGCACUGUUGGCGGCACACGCCAUUACCCACUGUUCGGGCAAGCGUUUUCUGGAUCUACUUACUUUUUCAGGUGGCAGCCAGGCUUGGGGGGCGCGGUGCCUGGCAGUUCCGUCACUUGCAGCAUACCAGAUUGCCAUGGCGUUCGCCUCUCGAACCGCCUCGCUAGUCUACCUAUCACUUUUCUGUUGCAGUCGCCUCUCAGGGUCCAGGACAGAUGGCGAGCUUGCGAAUUGUAUUCCUGCUUCAGAGACAAGUGUGUCGGCAAUAGUCUGAUUCAAUUGACGCCAAUAGUCUACUCCAGGGCGAUGAGAGACGGAGCUCAUAUGCAAAACACGCAAUCUACGCUGCCAGCACUCACUGUGCCCUUGAGUUGAUCCAUGGCAAUGGGAAGGCUACCAUGGAUCGCCUUUGCGGACCCAUUCCACGGCUGGCAGCUAAUGGGAGGGGGCGUAUGGUGCCGUACCUGUCUCUCGGCCACACUCUUUCUCACACCCUUGGGUAAAGACACACCAUCUGAGAAUUCGCGGGGGAGACGAUCUGCGCUGUGCUUGUCUCAGGGCCAACAGCAUCGUCCUCCACUGCUCAUUCCACUUCAAUUGCUAUAUCUUCAGGGGCGUCCGUCCUCCAGAAUAUAAACCCAUUCACUACCGGACUUCCUCGUCCUCAAUCAAGCCUCAGCGUCUUGGUCAAUUCCCUUGUCUGUGUCUUCUCUAGUUCACGACUGUCGAACUAGAUUCUUCAUAUUGUCAAGUCCACUCUUUUUACUAUAUACUUUUACCCAACUUUCAACCACUCUUUAAUCAUAAUGGCAACCAUUCAGUUUGAUUCGGACUUCCGGUUCGAAAUGGACGAUAACUUCAGCAUGUGCAGCCAGGCCAUGUCCUGCCCCUCUACGGGAACCAGCUUCUCCUCCGCCUCAUCCGCCUACGAUCCUUUCACUCCUACCUCUCGCCGCUCAACUCCCAACGAGCUCACAUUAGAUUUUGAGGCUUCCUUCGCCGCCAGCCAAUCUGAUAUGACCCCUCCCUCAACAGCUGUUCCCAAGUACAUGUUCGGUGGUGCUGUCAAGACCGAGCCCGAGCACAUGGGCUUCGCCGAGAUCUUGCCUUCCACUCCCAUUAAGCGAAUGGAUAGCAUCAGCUCUGAAUACGACGUGAUGCUUAACAUGAGCCUUCAGUCACAGAACUCCAUUGGUUCUAUUACUCCUUCCAACACCUACCCCAUGUACACUAUCUCUCCACAAACCACCAUGGGUCCUGGCUCUUUCAUGAUGACGCCAACCCAUAGCAUCUCCGGCUCAGAGAUGACGGACAGCAAUUCUUCGUGGUCGUGUGCCAAUGAUAGCCCCAUCUCUUUCUUCCCCCAGAAGAGUCUCCCUUCCAACGAUUUCGAAUCGUUGGAAAUCGAGCGUCAGUGCCAGUCCCCUAUCGGCCGCUACUAUUUGCAAGGACCUCCACCUUCACCAGGCCGUCUCCGAGCCCACCGAAAGAUGAUCGUCCAUGAGAUUCAGCGCAAGACAUCUGAACUACAGCGGGCUCAGAUCCGUGCCUCUCGCAAGCAAAGCGAGAAGAGCGAUGGUUCUGUUGACGUUGUCAAGCGUGCCAUGUGCAAGUGCGAUUAUCCUGGCUGCAACAAGGCUUUCCGCCGCAACGAGCACCUAAAGCGACACAAGCAGACAUACCACGGUGAAGGCCCUAACCGCUUCUCUUGCGAGUUCUGCGGUAAAGACCAGUUCAACAGACAAGAUAACCUGAACAACCACCGCAAGCUACACGCUCGUCCCAACAGCCGCAACCGAGGCGUUGAGUUCAUUCCUGCUGCGGUGCCCAUCAUUGAAGCAGAAGAGCGCAGCCGAAAGCGCCGUGCUCCCCCAAAGUCCAAAUCUGGCAAGCGAGAUGACGACGACUACUAGGUUGUUCAUUUCACUGAGGAGGAUGUUGAUCAAUACGAUCCAUUUUCUCAUUUUACGUUCCAAAUUGGGCAAUUGCAAGCUUGCCUGUGUCCUGUUUUGAACAGGCGGCGCUGCCAUGGCGCCGAGCAGGAAGCAAGACAUUGCAGAAAAAAGAAAAAAAAAGAGACACCUCGAGUCCUAGCGCCCGAUGAAGCGAAGGUCGGUCGCUUUCUACUACAACCGAACAGGCAGUUGUCUUAGAAGGAUUCUAUCAGCCAGCUGAUUCGAGACAACUCUCCCAUCCUGGCAAUAGUGACACCAGCUUCGGCAACUGCUCACACUCAGUACAUCGACUCUUGUUUAUUAUGCAUUAUAUUUUAUCGGCGAAUAUUUGCCAUCCUUACAAGAGGGUGUACAUUCUUUUACUCCUAGCGACACAUCAUAUUUUUUUUUCAAUGCGUCGUCCUGGUCCAGUUUAUUUUGUCCGACACUUGUCACUGGGAUGAACUCACAUCGUCGCUCAACAGGGACAGUCACCAAAAGUAUUUUUUAUCAACCGACUUGUCUAUUCCAUGUCUUUGUAUUUUUUUUCUGUCUUAUGGUGGAUGAGAUCUCGAACUCAAUGGGUAUUAUCCCACGCCACGGAGCCUGGGGCUACCGUUAUGGUAAACCACGUUUAACACAAUUGGGAUGGCAACGGGCUGGAGAACCGUGUGUCAAUGGUAAUGGCUAUGGCUAAGAGCGAGCGGCGCUGGGCUGGUAGGAGGAGGUAAAUUUGGGUCCCAAUACUAUUGUACUUGAGAGUAUAUAGCGAUGUAAUGUAGCUGGCAAAUGGCAAACCAUAUUUCGAUGGUU